AUGGAGAAAUUCAACCCCCCCUCCCCCUCCCCCUCAGACUACGAAGCCACCGCCCUCCUCCCCACCCCCCACCUCCUCCAAUCCGCCCAAAAGCGGCGCACAAUGGCCAUCCUCACGCUCCUAAACCUCUUCGUCUUCACAAUCUCCAUGCUCUCGCUCAUGUGCACGAUCAUGGCGCAAAAAGACCCCUCUGGGCACUCGGCAGCAAAGCUAAUGGAUCAGUUUGGCAUAUACUCGCCAGCAAUGCACAUCGUGUCCCACACGUCCAGGAAAUUCGCCCUCCCCUCCCCCCUAAACAGCUCGAAAUACGUCGGCAUAACGGACGAGGUGGAGAACGCGUGGAUGGACAUCGCUUACCUACCAGACCAAAUGGUCCCCCUCCAAGACUUCCCCAAGCUGCGCAAACCCGCCUCCGCAAUGCAGGUCACAGACCCACGCACAGGCGAGACAGGGUACCGCGUCGGGUUGGAGGUGUUCCACCAACUGCACUGUCUUAAUUUGUUGCGGAUGAGCACGUAUCCGGAGUAUUACAGGGAGGUGGAGUGGAGCGAUAUCAGUGAGCCGAGGGAGAAGGUUAGGGCGCAUUUGGAUCACUGCAUAGAAAUUCUACGCUUGAAUCUCAUGUGUUUUGCGGAUGUGAAUGUUUUUACUUUUCAUGAGCAGGAGGGGAGGGAGGGGUAUUGGCCGGAUUAUGAGACGGAGCAUGUUUGUAGGAAUUUUGAGGGGGUUAAGGAGUGGGCGAAUAUGCAUGCUAUGCCCGAGGCGGAUGUUUGA